CUCUCCCCCUCUCUCUCUCUCUCUCUCUCUCUCUCUCUCUCUCUACGCGUCUCUUUCAUCUGCGUGUGCGCAGUUCUUCUCUUCAUCAUUUCCUUCGAUUCUCUUUCCACUUUCUCUAAUCAUCAUCUAUCCUCGUACUGAAAACUUUUUCUUUUCUUUUUUUUUCCCUCCCUCUUUUGUGUUUUUUUUUUAACUUUUUGCACAAAUCCCCAGGAAGAUGAUGCAGGGCGAGAGUCCCAAGGGGAUGGCGGGUGCGGGUGCGGGUGCGGGGGAGUUGAAGAAGGGGCCGUGGACGGCGGCGGAGGACGAGAUCCUGACGGAGUACGUGCGGCGGCACGGGGAGGGCAACUGGAACGCGGUGCGGCGGAACACGGGCCUGCUGCGCUGCGGCAAGAGCUGCCGCCUCCGGUGGAUGAACCACCUCCGCCCCGACCUCAAGAAGGGCUCCUUCACCCCCCAGGAGGAGCUCGUCAUCGCGCGCCUCCACGCCCAGCUCGGCAACAAGUGGGCCCUCAUGGCCUCCCAGCUCCCCGGGAGGACGGACAACGAGAUCAAGAAUUACUGGAACACGCGGGUGAAGCGCCACCGCCGCGCCGGGCUGCCGCUGUACCCUCCGGACAUGCAAUCGUUCUUCUUCUCCAGCCCGCCGCCGUCCCCGACCACGCCCCUGCAGUUGGGGAGGCAGCGGCGCACCGUUCCGCCGUCGCCGCUGAUGGUGGAGCGGCCGCUGCUCUUCGCAUUCUCCACGUCCGCCCCCGCCUCGCCGAUCCUCACCAACAAUGGCAACGGCGUCCCGCUCCUCGUUCCUCCGCUCAGCCAGUUCGCGUUUCCCCUCUCGACCCCCGCCUCGCCGUCGACGUCCACGGCCCCGCUCUUGCCUCUUUUACCGCCGCCGCUCCUCGCGGGGAAUCACGAGCUCCCUUCAAACCAACUGGUAGUUCCCGGGGAAGCACUCACCGCGGCGGCGGCGGCGACGGCGGAUGCUUUCAUGGUCGACGCGAUGGUGGAGGAGCUACGCGGAGACGGAGAGCUACUCGUAGCGGAGGCAUGCAAUGUAGAUCAAUGUAGCUACAUUUCGCCUCAUCAGCACGGCCACGCCUUCGACGGCUCCGCUGGGAUCAACAUGAAGAGUGAACCACAAUGCGCGACCGAGAGCAUCGACGCGAACCAAAUUCUCAACACGAUCCCCACGCCCUCAACGGUGACGACCGACAACGAACUCGGGCUCGCAAUGCAGCUGGAGCAGUGUCCCUUGAUCACUGAGGAGGAUUGGAACAUAGGAGCUUGCCCCUGGAACAAUAUGCCCGGAAUGUCCUGAGGAAA